AUGGCAGAUAUCGUUUUGGCGGGCCAUGCGGAGCGUUUCCGCAGGCAAAUGGAUACUCACCUACCCGGAGGUGAUUUCUCUAAGUCAUAGUUGUUCACCAUCCUUGACCAUUAACAAACUCAUAGCUAGCGCUGAGCUGAUCGCGGCCAACCGGGUGGCCACUGAAUUACAAUGGAAUCGCGGGAUUAAUAAAUUUAUUAUAGCCCUAGACGAAAAUGGCCAGGGUUUCAUCAAAGGCUUGGAACUGCCACCAAGAGUACAUCAGAAUUAUAUGUCAACUUGUGUCAAUUCUACUAAUAUUUUCAAUGCCCGACCUUCCUCCGCUAUACUUCCUAAUUUUGCUUAUUUGGAAAUUGACAAUCAGCCUCCAAUAUUCUGGUUUCAAAGGCGCCGUCCAGAUCUAGGACAGGAAGACAGAAUUAUGAGCACAAGCAAACAUAAUUUCUACGGCCCAACCCCAUGGGUGAUUCAAGAGCCGCUUUGUACAGAAGCUAUUGCGCUAUCAACUCCUGCUAACUUGCCGCCGAUCACCGGAAUUAUUCGGCUCUUGGGUAACGACUUAAACUUUACACCUGCAAUGGUAGCUGCCCGAGCAACCCGGUUUGGACAAUGGUCACUUGAAAAUUACACAACGGAUGAUUUUGAUAGAGAAGAGAACUUACAGCCAACGCCAAGAUUACCAGACCCAAGAGGCUUGGAGCCCACAGGAUGGCUUACAAGCGAUAUCAUGGACGCUGUCACGACUCACUAUAACCAAUUCCACCCAGAGGCGGAGAUAUUUUCGGUCUCGCUUACAGCCUUAUUGGUCGUCACCGGUGAUCCUUCACACCUCGCACAAAGCCGAUUAGGUGCCAGGUUUUGGAUCUUUAUACAGUCGAAUGUCCAGGCAAAUCACCCCGGUAACCACUGGUGGAUCUCGAUAGUUGACCGGGUUAAAGGGCACUUAUUCAGUCACAACAGCCUUAGAAAUCUUGGCGAUCCUAGCAUCCUCUUCGAUGUCUUGAAGCCUAUCUUUGAAUCACCCGUAGUCCAGAAUAUCGCCGGGUCAGCGGCAACAUUGACUCUCCCGGCGAAUACGGUGGUGGAUGUGCCGCAACAACAGAACGGAUAUGAUUGCGGCGUUUACUCAGUGAGAACGCUAACCGGGUUCCUGGAGGAGCUCGCCCAAAUUCAGGGACCCGUCCCAACAGACGGGGAAAGUCAAGCCGCGAGAUCAUACAUACCAGAAAAUUGGUCCUCCACGGAAUACCGCGGGGCUCUUCGAAAUUCCUUUCCGGUAAGCCCGUAUUUUCGCAACUGUUUGGUCUCCCAAAAUCGAUAUUGAGCGGGAUUUAGAUUCGGCCUCUGCAAGGAGCCAAUGCUUCCACUACCCUCAAACUACUCAACAAUCUCAUCACUGCGCUAUCGCAUGCUAAUCACCACCAUGAUCUGGAGCGGGCAAUGUGGCACCUUGACAAUGCGGGCGGAAUCCUUCUUCAAAUGAACUCUCUGCCAGUAGACAAUUUUCCUCCUAGCUGUCUAUGCCAGAGUCAAGAUAACAGGUGCGGUUUCUCCGUAGUGCCCGUCCCACCAGGCUAUAAGGUUGUGCUCAUGAGGUACGUCCCCACUCACCCUAACCCCACCGUUCAAGAGCUCACAUCCAUUAGUGACUCAAUCCUCUCGGGGGGCUCUUGGACGAGAGUUCAAUACCUCCCUGUCAUGCGGCAGUAUUUGGCGGCUUACCAAAGCGCUUGUGAGCACAGUCGUUUCUUCACCUUUUCACAGCUAACUUGAUUUUAGUGAUGAGAUUAAAUAGGAACAACCGACUUAGCAAUUUUGAGAGAGAAGAACUUCGUGAUAAAUAUCUGAUUCUAGCUUCCGAUACCGCUCAGGUAUUAGUUGGCAACCGAAUAGAACAUGUCGGAAACCCCCCCUAGGGCUUUGCCCGAGUAGGUUUCCUCCCUGGUGACAAUACUGAUAAAAUCAUUGAAAUUCUGGAAAUAAAUUCGAAAAUAUAUGGAGGUGAUACCAUCAGGUUACCCGGAGUGUCAUACAUAAGGAUAAACGACCAAGUCUGGGUUUGGAUAACAAAGUCUCUCCCUCGGCCAGCUGCUGAAAGAUGGCGCACCGCCCCAACAAUGAGGGGCGCCGCCCUAGCAUUAACGGGAGUGAUUUUCACGCAGCCUUUGACAGACCCGAUAUUCCGCUCAUGCAAAACAGAGGCACACGGCAAAUGA